UGAACAGAAAUUAAAGAUAAUAAACUUUUUAUAUAACAAAGUAACCAUUUGUGAAAUUAUUGAGUUGUAAAUUAAUAAAAUUAAAUAAUAAUUAGUUAAAUAUUAAUAUAUUUGUUAUAUUUAAAGUAUUUAGAUGUCAAAAAGAAUCUGAUUUCUAUGAUAAAGUAGAAGUCUGUAAAUGAUUCGCCUUUUCGAGGAGUAGCAUUAAGCGUGGCUAAUCAGGGAACGAAAAGAAAAAUGAGCAGUUCAGAGGAGGUUUCUUGGAUAACGUGGUUUUGUGGUUUAAGGGGCAAUGAAUUUUUCUGUGAGGUUGAUGAAGAUUAUAUUCAGGAUAAAUUUAAUUUGACGGGUUUAAACGAACAAGUACCACAUUAUAGACAAGCUUUAGACAUGAUAUUAGAUCUUGAACCAGAUGACGAAUUAGAUGAUAAUGCACAUCAAUCAGAUUUAAUUGAACAAGCUUCAGAAAUGCUCUACGGAUUAAUUCAUGCUCGUUAUAUUCUAACAAAUAGAGGAAUUGCUCAGAUGGUUGAAAAAUAUCAAGCUGGUGAUUUUGGUCACUGUCCACGUGUAUAUUGUGAAUCACAGCCAAUGUUACCACUAGGAUUAUCUGAUGUACCUGGUGAAGCUAUGGUCAAAUUAUACUGUCCAAAAUGUAUGGAUGUAUAUACACCUAAAUCUUCUAGACAUCACCAUACAGAUGGAGCAUAUUUUGGUACUGGAUUUCCACAUAUGCUUUUUAUGGUGCAUCCUGAAUAUCGACCAAAACGUUCUGUUAAUCAAUUCAUUCCAAGAUUAUAUGGUUUUAAGAUCCAUCCAUUGGCAUAUCAGAUUCAACAGCAAGCGGCUGCAACAUUCAAGGGCCCCGUUAGGCCGCUCACCUACAACAACGGCAAGCGCUAAUACACUACUUCUACAAAAGACUCCGGACCACCGAACAACCGGAAGAAAGCAAAAUAUUUAAAUGCCAGUAACAAACAAAUUACAUCAACCAAUUAAAUACAAAGCAAGAUUAUGCGCAUAUGUUCCAAUCACCAGAAACACCAUCUUCUCUGCUCUUCUUACUUCCUCUCUUCCUGUAUAUUUUUAUUUUUUAAUUAUGUGAUAAAUAUAAUCACACAAAUCUCGUGAUUACAUAAAUAUUUCUA